CAAACUGAGCUGCAACUCUAACCAUUGCGACUAUGCAUCUACUAUAAAGUGCACAUUAUAUUUAGUCGAGUUUACUUAUUUUUAACACUAUCAGACAUUGUUAAAAUGUAUCUUGGACGCGCGUAAGAAGGCAUGUGGCACCGUCGCUCGGAAGAGUUCAGCAUUUCCAACAUUAGAUAUUUGUCCAGACACAAAGGAGAGGUGAACUGCUGCGCGUUCUCGCAUGACUGUCAGAUUCUGCUCACCUGCUGUGAUGAUGGCAGGUUGUACCUGUGGGACGCCAAAAGCAGCAAACUCCUGCACACCGUUAGCGGACAUACAGGUCCAGUGAAGUGGUGUGUUUUCUCCAGGGAUGGCCAGUUGUUCGCCAGCGCGUCUCAUGACUGCACAGUCAGGAUCUGGCACGGCAGGAGCACAGAAUGCGUGCACAUAAUGUCAGCUCACAGCCGGAGUGUGGAGACAGUGAGCUUCAGUCCAGACGGCAUGUGGUUGGUGUCAGGUGGAUGGGACACCAGGGCACUGAUCUGGAGCGUUCAGUCCGGCGAGAUGGUUCAGGACUUGCGGGGUCACACUGCAGCUGUUCAGAGCAGUGCAUUCUCAUCAGAUUCACAGCGGGUGGCCACAGGUUCCUGGGAUCGUUCUGUAAGAGUGUGGGAGCUACGUGAUGAUAAAGAGGUUGUGACAUUACAGGGACACCUGGGAAAUGUGGCCUGUCUUUGUUUUUCUGUCACCGGGAUCCUGGCCUCGGGUUCAUGGGACGGAACAGUGCGUGUGUGGUUGCCACAGCAACACACGUGUCUGUAUGUGCUGGGAGGGCAUGAGCGUGUAUGGGUCAGGAGUCUGGCCUUCUCUGCAGACGGGCUGGUUUUAGCAUCCACCGCAGAGGGUGAUAUGGUGAGGAUCUGGGACAUGGCUAAUGGAAAGUGUCUGAAAUUGUUACAGGGUCAUAAGGACUCAGCAUAUGGGUGUGUGUUCACCCCUGGUGGGGAGCUUCUCACCAGCGGCUCUGACCAGCUGGAUGUACACGAGGACAGAGACAAGAACAUAGAGGAGUGAUGAGGUUACACGGAGAACAGGACAAUAAAGAUGAUGGCUUACUGCCCAGCUGAACACAUGAAAGUUCAGCACACUGUAACUCGUGUCUAAAGCCAACAGCACAAGAGCUGUACCCAAGUUUUACUCAAAUAAUUACAAGAGCUAUAUACUACGUCUUGCACAGACCCGGUGAAUGUUGUCAAAAGUUAAAACGAAAAGUAAAAAAUGGCCAUAGAUAGAUGAAUGCCCCUGCAACCUCACUGGGCAGAGGCGGGGCGUUUAUUUUUUUUAUUUAAGACUAUGAUAUGUUAAUUAUGCUUGUGGACUGUACAGUGUAAUUUGAAUGAAACAUUUAUACAAAUAAAUGUUGCCAGAAACUACUCAUUUAUUGUGAAGACUUGUGCAGCAAAACUACAUUUUCCAGUAUUGUCAGUAAACAUGGAAAAAAUAUUAGAAACAAAAUGUUUAAAUCAGUGCCCUAUUUCCCUUAUAUCUCUUUGUCCUUAAAGGUUACUAACUGUAGAUGGACAUUUUAGAGAUAAAGCUGUUACUAACAAGUGUAAGUUAUAUUAAUGUAUAGCAAAUUUGGAUUGAAAAAAUCCCAGAUAUUAAUAUUGAUAGAGGAUCAGUUUUUAUAUAUGCCAUAUCCUUCACCAGAGUUCCGGCAGCUCGAGUUCUUACACGUACAAAAAAGUAUGAACAUACUAGCCCGGUUCUGUCAACCUUGCACUGGUUACCUAUAAAGCAUCGCAUUAACUUUAAAAUCUUGCUUAUUACCUAUAAAGCCCUACAUGGUUUAACUCCUCAGUACUUGAGUGAACUUCUCUUGUAUUACAGUCCUUCACGUGCAUUACGCUCUCAGGCGUCCUGUCAGUUGGGUAAUACCUAGAAUUUCAAAAUCAAGUGCAGGUGGUAGAUCCUUCUCCUAUCUAACGCCUAAACUUUGGAAUAGUCUUCCCUGCACUGUCCGGGAGGCAGACACACUCGGUCAGUUUAAAUCUAGACUAAAGACGCAUCUUUUUAAUCUUGCAUACACUACUCUUCCAUAAUAUAAAUCCUCUGAGGGUUUAGGCUGCAUUAGAUGCGGCGACUUGACACGUCUUCACUACAAAAUUUCAAUUGCUAUUAGAUUAUUAAUGAUAAUCUUAAAUCUAUAAUUAACCUUAUUAGUAAGUUUAUUUAUUUUUAUUUAGCCUCGUUGUGCAAGCUUUGUGGAGCUUGUGCAGAGGCAGCAGCUUUUGCCAGAGGGGAACUGGAAUCCCCUGGUUGGGCCUGGGUUCUCCUGAGGUUUUUUCUGGAUUAGAGUUUUGGGUUCCUCGCCACCGUUUGCAUACUGUUUUCUGCCUGGCCGGGGGGCUGCUUUAGAAUUUUAAAGUUUUGCUUAAUAUUGCAUAGAGGAAUGUAUAGUGUUAUAUUUGACCUGUGCUUCUCUCUCCAUCUUAAAUGUGUGCUCUCACUGUGCGUGUGUACGCGUACUUGUCUGUGUAAAUGUGUGUGUGUGUCUAUGUCUAUGUGUGUUAGUACGUGUGCAUAGUGUGUGUGUGUGGAGUGUUUUGUAUGUGGGUAUGUCGGUCUUCUGUGUUUUCACCUUUUUCUUGUUUUUACAGGUACAACUUUAAUUGUUUUGCUUAUAGUCAAUAUGUCUUAU